CUAUUCAUUUUAAUACUUUGGCUAUCAGUCACAGAGCAAUUUUAUACGUUCUAGCUACUUAAAAAAAAUCAAAGAAAUUACCAGCAAAAUUAGCCGUCUUAUGCGGUAAACGAAAUUAACGCAAAUGGGUCUAAAACGCUUUGUAUCCUCUUUGAUUCGCAAGUCACCGAUCAGUCCAUCGGAGCCUGGGAAAUUGGCUGCUGGUUGCCCAGCCGUGUUCGCCCAAGACGGCAUGUGGAGCGCCAAGUUCAAUAGUGCCAAGUCCAAUCCGGAGAGGAUUAACGGACAGGCGAUCGCCUGCAAGCAAGAGUCCUGCCGCAAGGAUGCCGACUUAGCACCCUCAAUUCGACUCCCACGCAAACGUUCUUGGCUACAGAGGCGCAUAAUUCCCUCGUAGUCCUCGCGUGGUAAAAAUCCCCAGAAAUGCUAAAUCUGUAAUCGCAAUUGCCAACCCAAGUCGACGUUUUGCAGUUUCACGCUCUGGUGUGCCAAGUAAAUGAUUUAUUACUUCAAUUACUUGAUUUUCACUCAUUUGCUGGGAUGUUAUGAGCCUAGUUGCAAAACAAAUUUUAGUGAUUAAAGAGAAUUUUCGGAAAAAUUAAAACACGUA